AUGCUCGAUGCUGUUCCGAGGAGGGUUGUUCGACUGAUCGCUGAGUGUCCUCUAACGGACAGUCUCGGGACUCUUCUACCGCUAUUCCAACGGGCUUUGCUCCUCAGACCUGUCAUUCUUGGAGCCGUCGCGCGAUGUGCCCGCCAGGCAGACCCGCCUCACUUCGGCCUCCAUCCUAGCCGUGUUUAACUUCGUGCGUCGAGAACUGGCCGAUACGACCGCUCCUUUGUCGCUAGGGUAUCGAGCUUGUGAAACAAUCUGCAUGAGGAGGCUUUUAAUAAUUCUACUGAUUAAGAAAGACUGUCGACAAGACGACACGCCUAUAUUUCUUACAGUGUUUGUAGUAUUUUUCAAGAGUUUUUGUGGCUGAAAUUGAUAGUUCUUUCUGAGGAUUGUGCUAUUGGGUCAUAUUGGAAGAGGAGCAGAACGGAGCGACAAAAGAUGAUAAGGCAGUUUUAGAAAAGUCUGUAGUCGUUAAAGUCUUGACCCACGUCACACCUUCAAUUACGGUUACAAACAUUAGACGACUUGGCAAAUUUGAUGAAAAUAGGACAAUUGGAAGGCCCAUAAAAGUUACGCUUGCUAAUGUCGAACAGGUGAGUGAACUCAUAAAAAAAUGUCGGUCGUUGAGAAACUCUAGUGAAUUCUAACAUAUUUCCAUCUCUACUGACAAAACGCCACGUCAAAUGAAUUUCUAUAACACUCUCAAAUCUGAACUGGAGGAAAGGAAGAAUAAAGGAGAAACCAAUUUGAAGAUUAAAUAUGUUGGCGGCGUUCCGAAGAUAGUGAAUUUUUAGAUUCUACACCCAAUUAUGUUAGUGAAAUAAACUGCUAUUACCAAAACGU